AAGUACUUCCUACGUCACCGAACAAGAAACGAAACAUCUCGGCAAGUUCGGCUUAGUCCCAUUAGUAACCUGGUUAUGGGACAAAAUUCUUCGAAGGGACAGGUAAAAUUGUUCUGUUUUGAGAAUAAUUGUCAAAUAUGACACGUGGUGCCCUGGCUGUCACGUUUGUGCAUUUUAUAUGGAUGAGUGCACCUCUACAGUCCAUCGUCGGACACGUAUUAGCUUCUCUGGUAUUGCAGUGACUAUGAGACUUGGACCUCUGGCCACGUUGUUGCUUGUUUAUGGAGCGGCGUUUAUUCAGACGAAAGCAAAGGAUCUUCCAUUGCCAUGUGAAGGAUGCAAUGAUCAGGAAGGCGACAGAAACGAUGAUGCUGAGACACAGGUGAAACGCAUUUUAAAGUUUUUAGGGGCCUGCAAAAACUUGGAUGAUUGUUUCCUCCCUACGUUUGCGCCCUUGUCUACAACGUCAGAUGUUACAACAGCGACAACGAUAACGUCCACAACUUCAUCUUCACAGCAAAAACCCGCCCUUUGUAACGACUUGCACGCUUGCGGCCAUGAUCAACCUCAAAAUGCUAAGGAUCAGGUUAUCAACAUUUUAAAAUUUUUGGGAGCCUGCAGAGAUCCAGAGGGUUGCUUUCUAAGCAAACCCCAAAUACAGGAUUUACAACAUCACCAACAAUUUCAUACACCGAAAGUACAGAAGUGUAUAGUACUCCGUCAACUACAGCUACGCAGCCUACAGAUCACAUAUUAUGUCGAGGCUUGGAAAACUGUGGAAAUGAGGUACAAUAGUUUUACUUGUUACAUUGUCGAUUGUUUUUAUUAUGUUAUCAUAAAUUGGCCCAUUAUUGAAAUUAUUAUGUGGUUCGUAAAGACUUUUGAUGCAUCUUCUAGUAUAAAAGGGCUAUGGACAAAUAAGUCAAUACCCAUAUCUAUGUAGAAUUUCAAAGUAGAAACGUAUUGACAAUUAUUGAUAGGCCCAUGCAUUUUUAAAUUCAAACAAAUAGAAAAUUUGGUUGUUUUAAAGUGCAAUUUUUUUAGGAUCGAAGUUUCAGUCAGGAUGCUGAUUUGCACGUUAAAAGUAUCUUGAAGUUUUUGGGAGCAUGUCAAGGCCCUGUAGAAUGCUUACAAAAUAGAUCUUCUACCGAAAA